UUUGAAAUAUGGGAAUAACAUCAAAUGAAAAGAGCUUUCCGAGAGGUGGAAAGAAACCUGCAGUUGCUGUGCCCAGGAAAGGACGUUUCAGAUUGUUUGACAAACCAAGGACUAGCUCUCACUCAAAGAGGGCUCUGAAGACGAGGAACAAGGAGCAUGGAACAAGUGCACAGUUGAAAUUGACUCAUGUAGAACCACUGACACUUAAGACCCUUUCAGAGGGCAUGCUAGUUCUCGGCUGUGUUUCUGAAGUUCAGGAAUACAAUAUCGUGGUGUCUUUGCCGGGCAGGUUGAUAGGCCAUGUUCCUGUCACCAAUAUAUCAUCACCUUACACGAAGUACCUGAAGGACCUGGUAGAUGGAGCUGCUGUGCAAGAGAGAAUAUCUCAGCUAGAUGAAAUGUUUCAUAUCGGACAAGCUGUAGUGACUCGAGUGAUUGAAAUCAACCGUUCUUCUGAGUAUCAUGCUAAGGUGAUACUGAGUUUGGUUCCUGAUGUUGUGCAGUCUGAUUGGUCACCUAGGUCAGUGACAUGUGGCUGUGUUUUGAUAGCUGCUGUGAAGAGUCAGGAGGAGAAUGGUUAUAUUAUGGAUACAGGCAUUAAAAAUGUCCGAGCUUUUCUCAAGAGAUCUGCUGCACUUAAGUAUGAGAAGAUAUGGAACCGAAAGAGAUUAUUAGGGGUAGGUCACCUGAUGAGGUGCCUGGUGACCAAGUCAAGUUUCAUGUCCUUCACUGCAACUGUGGAAUUGUCAGCUGACCCAAAGAAAGUCACGAAAGCCGUGGCAGAUCUGGAUGAUGUAACUGUGGACAUGUUACUCCCUGGCACCUUGUUGAGUGUUUCAGUCACAAAGGUACUUAAGAAUGGACUGGAAGUGAAGUUUGACAAGCACUUGGUGGGCUACAUCCAUAAGGACCAUCUGACAGCACUGUGGGAUACACCUGAAGACUAUUCUAUAGGGGACGACCUUCUCGCCAGAGUUCUAUAUGUUCUGCCCACAGUCAAGUUUGUUUAUCUUUCCUUAAAAAAGGAACUUUGUGACCCUGAAGCAAACUGUGCUCCACAUGACUCUCUAAAAGUUGGAAACGUUGUCAGAAAAGCAAAGAUUGAACAUGUGGACAGCUGUGGUAUCACAAUAAGUAUAAAGAUGGAGGCAGAUAACCUAAAAGGAUUUGUCUCCAUUCAGCAUUGCUCCCUCAAUAGCUCUGAGCUUGAUAAUAACAAGUCGCUGAAAGAACAAUUAAGUGAAAGAUUUGCAGUUGGUACCAGUCAUAAGUGCAAAGUGCUUGCAUAUGAUUAUGUGUCACAGGUGUUCAUUUGCAGCCUUGACAAGCGCAUUAUAAAGGCAAAGUUUUUGCACCCGAAGGAUCUGCACCCAGGCAUGGUGGUCCCAUGCGAAAUUAAGGAGCAUGUACAGAAUGGUGCAUUUGUUGUCAUCGAUGGAGGUGGAAAGUCUCUCACAGGCUUUGUACGAUCCCUGCAUCUGGGCAGUGUUCCUUUUCAGCAUCCUGAAAAGAAGUUUCCGGUGGGAAGUCAGUACUCUGCUCGGGUGCUUCUGGUACAAGGAAAUAAGAUACAGCUGACACUUAAACCAGUGUUGCUGACCUCAGAGGUGCCUCCUCUGUCUAGAUUCGAGGAUGCUCAGCCAGGAAUGCUGUGUGAAGGCGUAGUUACAUUAGUGCUGAAGACUGGAUUGCUACUUACAUUCUACGGUAAUGUGAAGGGGUGGCUCAGAGUUAAAGAGGAUACUGAAAAGAAGAAAUAUUUUAUUGGGCAAGUGGUCCCUUGUUACGUACAGACAGUAGAUGUGACCAAUGGAAAGCUGACGCUGAGUCUGAAGCAGAGCAGCACAGCAGAUGAGAGAACUUCUAAAAAGAAGAAGAAAGCAUCUGCAGUAGGAAAGACAUACCAAUUAAGUGUUACCAACUGUACAGAUGUUGCACUGGAAGUGGAGAGCAAUUCUGGCAGCGGAACGGUGCCUGCACAACACUUGACAGAUAACCCAAAUCUGGCCCAGCUGUUACUGAGAACAUACACCCCUGGAGAUGUUAUUGAUGAUGCAGUCUGCUUUAGUGAAGUUGACGGUCUUGUCUUCACAGUGCGUCCCUCACUGAGAGAGUAUUUUAAGUCUAAAGGUUCAGCGAAGAGGACACGAAUCCGUGAGAAGAUGUUACUGCCAUGUACUGUGAGAAGUAUCAUGCCCAAACAAGUGACAUUACAGUUGCCAUUGCCUGGGUCCAACAUUACACAUGUUAAGUCGAAGGACCUGUGUAGUGUAGGUGUGAAAGAUGCAACUCAGCUUGGUCUGGUAGAUCAUCAAGGUUUGAUGUCUCAGGUUGUAAAAGUUUACGGUUCACACGAAUGCCCACAUGUAACAACUAAACUUUCUCAAUGCUGGGACUACAGUACAGAGGCAUGUGUAUCUCUUCUGUGCAGCUUCUGGCAGGAUUAUGAUAAGAUUGCUGCACACAUGAAAGAACAAGGCAAUCCUUUGGCAAAUCUUGUGCCUGGUGACCGAGUCACAGGAGAAGUGGUCGCUGUGGAGAAUUGCGGUGCUGUGGUGAGGUUGGAGAAUGGCAUCCAGGGCAUAGCUACACCUGAGUUAUAUAAAGGACCCUUGAAAUGUGGAGCCAAGGUCGAAGGGACAGUGUUGUUCAUAGAUUUCCUGAAUCAGUGUGUUGAGUUAACUCUCUGUCAUGGUAUCAUGAAACGGAUCAAUACAGUGCAAGAUGGAAAACUUGACAAUGAUCUGGGUGUUGGAACCGGAGUACGAGGUGAAGUGUUAAGUGUGCGUCAAGAGAUGAUUGUGAUUGUUUUGAAAGGAGCAGGAAGGAAGCAGCUUGCAUAUCUUCCAUCACGAUGUCACAUGAAUGAUUUGGUGCCAGACUUGCAGCAAUACAGAAUCGGUGAAACUAGCAAGAUGAUAGUGCAGGCUUUGGUUGGUGGAAGAAUAAUCUGUUUGCAGCAGAAAUUUGUUUUUAAACUCAUCAAAUUGAAAGCAAGAGCAGCAGUUGCUGCAGAAUCGGCAAAGAGAAAAGUUGACAGAACAUCGCAACACCAGAAGUCUGAGUUGAGUAAUGGCAACAGGCUUGGUACAUCUGAACAGGAACUGAACACAAGAAUUCUGCCCAGAGUCAAGAGACAUGAAGGGGCAGGAUAUGAUUCUUGUGAGGGUCCUACAAAUGAUGAUGCAUGUGUAAGUGAACCAGAAAAUGAAACAAAAUCAGGAGAGGAAUCUUCAGAUGAAGAUGAGACAGCUUUUCUGAGAAGACUUGAAGCUAAAGCUAUGAAGAAUUACUAUGGUAACAGCACAUCGAAUGAGGUGCAGGAAACGUCACAUAAUUCAGAUGAUUAUAUUACAGAACAGGAAAUGAAACAAAAGAAGAGGAAAAUGCAUGAAGAAGGAAUUAUUGAAGAUUGUGAAGAGACUUACAAGAAGAAGAUGAAAACAACAGUGCGGGAUGAACUGCUUAAAGAAUUGAAGGAUAUUGAUCAUGAAGGAGGUUGUAACAGUGGAGUGGAAACAUUAAUACAGAGGAAAGAGAUUAAAGAACUGAAAAAUUUAUAUUGUGGUCAGGCAGCGCGAUUAUCAGUGAGUGCAGGGUUUGUGUGGGACGCAGAUCCAUCUCUCCUUCCUGCAGCUGCCGCAGCUCAGAAGUCUGACAGUUCAUCAGAUGAAGAGGAAGUCAGCAAGACUGAAGGCAAGUCAAAGAAACUGAGUCGAGUGGAACGCAGGGAGCAAGCACGUCAGGAGGAGGAACGUCUUCGAGCUAUAGAACAGAAACUGAUGGACUCAGAAACUGGACCACAGUCAGCUGAUGAUUUUGAUAGACUUGUUCUGUCUUCACCCAACAAUUCAAUGUGCUGGAUCAAGUACAUGGCAUUUCACCUCCAGGCAACAGAAAUAGAAAAGGCUCGUGCCAUCGCUCACCGAGCAUUAAACACAAUUUCGUUCCGUGAGGAGCAGGAAAAACUGAAUGUUUGGUGUGCGCUGCUUAACCUUGAGAAUCUUUAUGGCACAAAGGAAAGUCUGGACAAAGUCCUUGAAGAAGCACUUCAAAUGAAUGACCCAUUUAAGGUCCAUACACAGAUGCUGCAAAUAUAUGCUGACAGUGGCAAAAGUGAGGAAGCUGAGAAACUAGUAUCUUUGCUCACGAAGAAAUUCCGAGACAACAAACAGGCGUGGUUGCAGGGUGGGGAAGUGCUUCUGAAACUGGGGAAGCUUGAGAAGGCUCGCUCCCUAAUGCAGAGAGCCAUAACUAACCUGGAUAAGAAAUUACAUGUAGAAAUUAUCUCAAAAUUUGCACACUUGGAGAACCAACUGGGUGAACCAGAACGUGCACAGACACUGAUGGAACAUAUCCUGACUUCGUAUCCUAAACGCGUGGAUAUUUGGAGCAGCUAUGUCGAUAUGUUGGUGAAGAAUGGACAGCUGGAAGCAGCAAGGCAAGUGCUGGAACGUGGAGUGGCGCAGAAACUGCCUGCACGUAGGAUGAAGUCUCUUUUUGCCAAAUUUCUGCGAUUUGAGGAACACCACGGUACACCCGAAGGCAUGGAGAAAGUGCGGCAGAUGGCCGUAAGUUACGUGGAAACAACAGCUGGGCGACUGGAUGAUGAGAACUAAGAUUUGUUCGGAUAGACACUGCAUUUAAAUUUGACUUGCCCACAGUCGACAGAAACGAAGAAAAUCAAUGAGGUAAGGGUAUUAUGUGUACUAUGGAACUGAAUUUAAAAUUGUAUCUGCAAAUAAACAUGAAUUUUUAUAUUUAAA